AUGAAGAUAAAGAAAACCGUCUGCCUCCGCGUGCCGUUAAUCAUGGCGACCGAGCGCGAGAUUGAAGUGCUGCAGGUCAUCGUGAAAGGCGAUUCUGAAUUCGAUUGGCCGGGUGGGAGCAGGCGUUUGCAGAAGACUGUUCGGCCAGAAGCGCCGAUCGCGAACCGGUUCGGCAUCCAGUUGGAAUCGCGCGUGCGACAGAUUUACGUCCCCGAUCGGGACGGUCCCGAGGACGAAUGCGUGAUUUACUUCAUUUUGGAUGCGACCCCUGAUCGGAAGACGAUAAAAAUUGGGCUGAUAAUCUUUUACACCGAUUCGAUCACAGAGUUGCCGAAAUGUCGACGUUUCCCAGAGGCCACUUGCAAAGACGUCUUUAUGCCGUGCCAGCAAUUUAAACUGCUAAAAAGUACAACGGUCAACCGAAUUUCUUCGUUGAUCAGCAGC